AUGCGACCAUCGAUUAAACGUCAAUCAAUUAUUAUACCACGUCCGACCAAAGCCUCGUUAGCACGUCAAUCGAAAAUCCGCAAUUCAAUCCUUGUUUCAACAACGAAUACAUUGAAGCCGAUCCAAAAUGAGCAAAUUAAGAGCGAAAAUGAUUUAUCCACAAUUGGUCUCAACAAACAACAAGCUCAAGCUCGACGAUCCAGUGCAAUAGCCAAAAAUAAUAUUGUCUUCAAACGACGACGUUCGUUCCAUAAACUAGCUGUGAUCGUUUCAGGCUCUUCAUUAGAUAACUCAACUGGAGAAGGAGAAACUUUAAAACAAGUUAUUGUUGCUUCAUUAACUGAAAAUGUCAAAAAAAUGGACUUAGUCGAACAGCCGAAAGGCAAAACGUCGACUAACAAUGACAAUAAAGAAAAUCGCGCAUCGAAACGUCCGACAAUAUCCAGUGCAAUACGGAAAAAAGUAAUACCAAUACCUGUUCAAAUACUCGAUAAAUACGCUGCCGAAGAACUAACAAUCGAAAUUAUCGAGCAAGCAUUAACAAAUGAAGAAUUACAAACCGAUGAAGAUGAUGAACCAAUUGAUCCCACAUAUGCGAUGGAUUAUGUCGCUGAUAUUAUGAAUUUGCUAUAUACAUUAGAAAAAAAAUAUCCGAUUCAAUCCACAUUUUUAACAACUUCAUCGUCAGCAACAUCAUUUCCAUCAACAACGAUGGCAACAAUGGCUAAUGGUAGUGCCACAAGAUCAUGGAAACUUACCACAAAACAUCGAACCAUUGUUGUCGGAUGGAUUAUACAAUUAUUUUAUGCUCGAUUUCACUUAUCACAAGAUGCUAUGCACAUUUGCGUUGGUCUACUUGACCGUUUUCUUCAACAAUGUAUGAAUUCUUCAACAGCUGGUACAUCGUUUGUGACACAAAAGAAUUUACAACUAAUUGCCGUUGCUGCAUUUCUCAUUGCCGCAAAAGUUGAAGAAACACAUCAUCCACCUGUUGAUGAACUUGUCUAUGUAACAGAUCAUACUUACACAAGUGAACAAGUCAAGCGAAUGGAAAAGAAGAUUCUUCAUGAGUUACGAUUUGAAUUAAAUCGACCGACAAGUCUUCAAUUUCUUCGCCGUUAUUCCUUCAUCUCAAGUGCAGGUGACGAACAACAUGCAAUCGGAAAAUUUCUCAUUGACAUGGCAUUACUCGAUGUCUCAUGUAUUGGUUUAGCUCCGUCGUUAGUUGCUGCCAGUGCCACAUACAUCGCACGUUGUCUUCUCCAUCCAAGUCAACCAGCAACAUUCGAACAAUGUUGGCCAAGCGAAUUACAACAACGUUCGCCCUACAAAACCUUUGAAUCACUUUCGAAUGGCAUUAGAAUUUUAGCACAAUUUCUCGACAAAAAUCUUACCGGAAAUAAUUGUAAAGAAUGCGAAAUUCUUAUCAAACGUUAUGAACAUGAACAAUUAUCACAAGCAAGUUUGUAUUGUGUACAACAACGAGCUCUUAUUCGUCAAUUAGCAAACCAGUUCGAGUCUUAUGAAUUAUCUUCGAAAAUGAUUAUCUUUUACUGUUUAUUAUUCACGACAUUUUCUCAUUUGACCACGCAAGAAUGGAUUUCAUCACUUAAUCCAAUAACAUUCUCACGAAGAGCAGUCGAAACUCUACUGAAACAUGGAGGCUAUGCGAUUAUCAGUGCUGGAAGAAAUCCUGCCAUUAUGACUGAUUUGUAUUUAACUGAUAGUAUGAUUGAACAGCGGACGGCGAAGUUGAUCGAUGAUAUUCAAGAUGCAUAUGUCUAUUCAUCGGUUAUUGGCUCGUAUGACGGAGGAAUUGAACAAAGUUUUCUACUCAUUCUACACAAUGAGUCACCGAAAAGUGAAUUACAGGAAUUGAUCCAAUUAGGUGAAAAAUAUAAUCAAGAUUCAAUCAUUUAUGUGAAAAAAUCAACACCACCAGUUCAGAAAAUGGUCUAUACAACAGGUGACUAUCGCGGUAGACAUGUAAGAGGAACUGGUUAUGAGAAAUCGCAACCGAAUAUGACCGAUAACUUCAGUCGGAUUCAACUUUGUUCGAACGGCACAUUCGAGUUCAUGUUAAACUUCAAUUUUAAAUACAUGUAUCGUAAUAAGAUUCCAUUCCGAACGGACCAGCUGGUCGAUUAUCAUCGAAAAAAUCAAGAAGCAAAUAAACACAAAUGUCAGAAUUAA